CAAAGCGCGCGUCUCACAAUUGGAUCAGAGUGGGGAUCGUUUCAUAAAAUCCUCCUUCAGUCUGGUGUUUACAGUACCAGUUCAGAGUUUGACAAUACCACAUCACCAUGAAGGGGUUAUCUUGUUUAUUAUUAAUGGUGGGAUGCUUCGCUUUCGCUAAAGCCCACUCGUACCACAUGGGCGCAUGCCCGCUCGUCGAGCCGUUGCAAGGAUUUCAAAUGAGUAGAUUCCUGGGUGUGUGGUACGUAAUUCAAAAAACGGAGACAGCCAGCAAAUGUAUCAUUUACAACUAUACUCGCGGGGAAGAGCCGGGCGAGUACAUUAUCGGGCAACAUUCUGAUCAUCCGAUAUUAGGUCUUACGCCAUUAAAGCACGAGUACCAUUACACCGGUGAAUUAUCCGUUCCGGACCCGAACGUUGCUGCUCGGAUGCAAGUCCGUUUUCCUCUAAGUGUUGCCGGAAGCGCAUCCCACGUGGUAUUUGCCACCGACUAUGAUAAUUAUGCGGGCAUUUUCACAUGUCAAAAGUUAGCGUUCGCUCAUCGCCAGAGCGCGACCCUUCUCUCUAGACACAAAGAAUUGGACAAAAGUUUCUUGGACAAGCUGCGCUUCCAGUUGAGCAACUUCGGUGUCGAUCCUUUCGAGUUAAGCAUAGUCUCGCAAAAGGAUUGCCCUAAAGGUAAUAACACUUUGGACAUCAACGUGGAUCCUAACACGUUCACGGCGGAAAACAUUGGCAACGCGGUUCGCAAAACCGGUGAAAAACUUGGAGACGGAGUGCAGUGGGUGGCCAGUGCGGGAAGCAAAGUGUACCAUAAGUUGACCGGAAGCGAGGAGAAGAGCACGACCAAACCGGAGGAGAACACUAGAGCAGCGAUCACCAGGACCUACGAGACCAACGAAGUCGAAUGGAUACCUUAA